AUGAACUAGUAGGAAAUGAGCUGCACGCUGACAGAAGCACAGAUCCAUCAUUGCGCUUUUAAACGCUAUAUAUUUAUAAAAUCAUCUCUCGUUAUGGAGAACUGCUGUCGGUAACUGGAACGGGACCGAAUGUAGAAACGUAAAGCUCUUUUUUUUUCUUUUUUUUUUUUUUUUUUUUACCAUUCUACAAAACAGGCAAAAUGUCCGGCGCGGAUCGGGAUGUAUCGCGGGGGUUUUGCCGUGUUAUCCGCUGAUUGUGUUUGGAAACAGAGAGAUUCACGCGCGUCAAACACACUGAGAGAGAGAGUUGGAUGGAGUUUCUCUGAACAGCCGAAGGACAAACAGACUUAUAUUUCUAUUGUUUUUUAAUCAGCGAUAUAAAGUGCAGGUCAGGAUGUUUGACUGCAUGGAUGUGUUAUCGGGACACAUGCUGGAGUUUUACUCGUCCAGUCGCUCGUCAUGUAUGUUACAGGAGAAAGCGCUCAGCGCGUGCUUCAGCUGGCAGCACCGACGCACCAAACACUCCAUUGAGACUCAAAGCACCAGUUCUGAGGAGUUGGUCCCCAGCCCUCCCUCUCCUCUUCCCCCUCCCCGUGUCUACAAGCCCUGCUUCGUCUGCCAGGACAAGUCCUCAGGGUACCACUAUGGUGUCAGUGCAUGUGAAGGCUGCAAGGGUUUUUUCCGCAGAAGUAUCCAGAAGAACAUGGUGUACACAUGCCACAGAGAGAAGAACUGCAUUAUCAACAAAGUGACGCGAAACCGCUGUCAAUACUGCCGACUACAGAAGUGCUUCGCAGUGGGAAUGUCCAAAGAGUCUGUUCGGAAUGACAGGAAUAAAAAGAAGAAGGAGAUUCCGAAGCAGGAGUUGGCUGAGAGUUAUGAACUGACAGCAGAACUGGAAACCAUCAUUGAGAAGAUCCGGAAAGCUCAUCAGGAGACAUUUCCUUCUCUCUGCCAGCUGGGCAAGUACACCACGAACUCCAGUGCGGAUCACCGUGUGCGUUUGGAUCUGGGUCUGUGGGAUAAGUUCAGUGAACUGGCCACUAAGUGCAUUAUUAAAAUCGUGGAGUUUGCCAAACGAGUUCCUGGUUUCACUGGACUCACCAUGGCCGAUCAGAUCACACUGCUCAAAGCCGCCUGCCUCGACAUACUGAUCCUGCGUAUCUGUACACGUUACACCCCUGACCAGGACACAAUGACGUUCUCCGACGGUCUUACGCUAAACCGCACACAGAUGCACAAUGCGGGCUUUGGUCCACUCACGGAUCUUGUGUUCACCUUCGCCAACCAGCUCCUACCCAUCGAGAUGGACGAUACGGAGACGGGACUGCUGUCUGCCAUCUGCCUCAUCUCUGGAGAUCGUCAGGAUCUAGAAGAGCCCUCAAAAGUGGACCAACUGCAGGAACCCCUGUUAGAGGCUCUGAAGAUCUAUGUGAGGAAGCGGCGACCCAGUAAACCACACAUGUUCCCCAAAACCCUCAUGAAAAUCACAGACCUGCGCAGUAUCAGUGCUAAAGGUGCCGAGCGUGUGAUCACUCUGAAGAUGGAGAUCCCUGGAUCCAUGCCUCCUCUGAUCCAGGAGAUGCUGGAGAACUCUGAGGGUCAGGACGGGCAAAACUCCACAGAGCGGAACGGCUUGGAUAAGACCAGCAGCGGCUCCACGGAGCCCAAACCCUCGGCCCCCUCCCUGGAGCCCACAGAUGGAUCUGGGGCCGGUUCCUCCAGUGAGGAACCCUAGAAUCGGGCGGAACCUCAGACUGUCAGAUGUUCCUUUGCACAGUGCGGGUGAACUGGAGAUGGACCUUUCCAGCGUGUUCGAUUUCUGCUUGAUUUUUUUCGCCCCAUUUCCUGCUUUAAGAACAGAUAUUGGCCUAAAGGACCAGCCGGUGUAUAAUCAAAAAACAUGAUUGAAGAAUCAAGUUCUACUGCGUCAACACCUGUGACACAUAUGAAGCUCCUCAGGUCUCCUGUAUGGAUUUCUUCAUUUGCAUGAUAAGCUCUUACUUUAUUUAAAGUGAAUCUCACCAAAACAUGUACAAGGUACAUUUAAUGGCAAAAUUAAAAGGAAAAAAAAAAAAAAAAUUAUGUUGCAUGUAUAAUUUUGCAUAAAGAACAUUAAACCUGUUUUAGUACUAUUAAGAUUUGUUUUGCUAUUUGCAUUGUGACAUUAUUUUUUCUUUUGAUUUCUGGGGUGAAAUAGGACCUAUACAGGUUUUCGUGAGAUUCGCUCAUUAAGUGAUUUUCUCUCUCUUAUUAAAGCUAAUGCAUACAUUGUACAUAUCAUGAUAUGGUCAUAUCUCCGUUUCAGUUGAUACAUUUGGUGGUGCUUUUUACAUCGUCUUUAAUAUGAUCAUUUGAUGUGAUACAUCAAGUUUAAAAAUGAGCUUAAGUCUUUUAAAAUACGCUUAUAUAGUAAGUUCUUGCCUAUAGACAGUAAGGAAGUCUAAUAUUAUACUCUUGUUUUUAUAUUUAAACUGUUUCAUUCCGCAAUUUUUAAAGAAAUAUGUUCAUUUGACAAGCAAAAUAAGUCUACAUGUACACCCUCAGACCGCUAAAACUGCACUCUAUCAAUAAUCAUGACUUCAGGUCUUCAUAUGGAAGAAGUUUUAGGAAAAGGUUAUAACCAGUCACUUACUAGUUUUACUAUUAAGACAAAUGUUAAAACUAUAUAAUGAACUUUCUAUUAAAGCAACAAAUCCAAACACUAAAUGACCAUUACUGGAAGAAUGAAAUAUAUUAUUUUACAGUUUAACAGAUUCAAGGGGAUAGUUCACCACAAAAAAUAAUAAUAUAAAAAAAACUAAAUCUUUCAUUAUUUACUCACUCUCAUGUUGUUCUAAACCUGCAUGACUUUAUUUCUUGUGUUUAACACAAAAGGAGAUGUUUAGCUCUUUUUCCAUACAAUGAAAGUGAAUGGGGACUGGGUCUGUCAAGUUACAGAAAGGACUCAAAAACACAAUAAAAGCUCCAUAAAAGCAGUCCAUAUGAUCACUUUCAUCUGCUAAACAUCUCCUUUUGUGCUCUACGGUAGAAGGAAAGUUGUAUGAAUUUGGAAGGACAGGAGGGUGAGUAAAUGAUGACAAAAUUCUCAUUUAUGAGUGAACUAACCAGUUAAUAAAGAAACAUUAAGCAGUGAAAGUGUUUGUCCAAUUUUGGUGAAAACACCGUCAUAUUCGGUUGUUAUAAGAUCAUUCCAGCUCGGUAGAUGUAGUAAGUCUUAGUUUAGGUAGUGUCUAAGAAUUGCCGAGUCCGGUUCACUCUAAACGCACAUCGAUUCAGGGUCACGUGACCAGAAUCAUCAAACUUCUUUAUAUAAGUGUUUUUUGUUGUUGUUUUUUUUGGCAGUAAAUCAACAGGACAUUGCAAUUCAAUACUGUUGAUUUUGCAGAUUGUACAUUAAUCUCUGUGUUCACUUUUUAGGGAACCUUGUUUUGUGAACAGAGACAUGUUUUAUUUGAUUUUCAAGUGGAACAUAUAGGGACUUUUAUUCUCAGACAGGGUGAUAUAACAGCCUUCAGCUCAGAUCAGUUAGUUCAGUUCUUGUAGACUGAUCAUGAGUUUGUAAAAUAUACCUCUUACUGAAACACAAGUGUCUCUUGAAUACCAUCUUUGGCUGAUUUAUGAUAAAAUCCAGUGCUAAGCAUCUUUACAUGAAAAAUCAGCUGCCCAGUGUGUGUCCGCUUGUAAAGCAGUUUGUCUGCAUCCAGACGUUUUACUUUUUAACCUCUCAUUGCACUUAAACUGACCUCUUGAGAGUAACAAGAGACAGAUGUAAUUGUCAUGCUAUUUUUCAUAAAUUGCUGUCCUUAUUUUCUCUUUUGCCUUUUAUGAAUGGAUAAUUCUGUGAAAUUGUCUAAUGUCUAACUUUGAACUGAAUUGUAAUCAUUUAUCUAAUCAUUUAUUUCAUGUCAGACAGGGACACCGAAGCACUUCAAUAUGCCCUCAAAAGGUCUCUCAAGUUUUUCUCUUUGUUUAGUCAUUCACUUUAUGGAUAAACUGAAAGGUUAGUUCAUUCAAAAAUGAAACUUCUGUUAUCAUUUACACGCCCUCAUGUCAUUUCAAAUGUAUCAGCCCACUGUAGACUUCAUCAAACCUCAUCAUACCCCCUUGAGACCACAUUAGACCCCAUUAGCCCUCAUCAGACCCACUCAAGACCACAUCAAACCUCAUCAGACCCCCAUGAGACCACACCAGUAGGCAUUUGACGGUAUUCGGUUAUACGGUAUAUCACGAUAAUUAACAUGCACGAUAUUGUUAUCGUGAGCACUUCAAAAUACCGUAGAUAAUUUUAGAUAACCUUUUGGCCAAAUUGUUUAGAUUUUUCUGAUCGCACAGUAUUUUUUAUCCCAUCAAUGAAUCGAGAUUUACAACACUACAUAUAUGUGGCACAAAUGACACAUGCGCAGUCUGAUGUAAACAAACCAACAUGGAUGAGAAGCAUGGCUGAAGGAGGAACGCAGCUGACCUUUUAUCAGCCUUCUAAUAGAGUUAAGUCGGAAGUGUGGAAGUAUUUUUGGUUCCAUAAAAAUGCACAGGGAUUGUUGGUCGAAGGUGGUUUCCUUUUGUAUAAAACAUGCAUCAGAAAACUGGCAACGAAACACGGGAACACCUCCAACAUGUUUGCUCAUCUGCGGGACAAUCAUUCUGUUCAAUUCAGCAAGAUAAAGGUAAGUUGUAACAGUUCUGCUCGCUUUUCCAAACUGUUCUGAAAACUGAGAGACAACACUAUAAGAGACAAUUAGUUAAGUGACAACUAAGACGACAAACAAAGUGAACUCUUGUUGCCAUUUGCAGAUGUGUUGCUUGCUUUCAAGUGCCCGAAGAGUAGUCCUCCACUAGCUACACGGUAACAUUUGCGUCUCGAAGUAACAACUAAAAUACAGUUGGAAUCAGAUAAUAUUAACUCCUGUAAUUAAUAACUGCAGUGUGGCACAAUGAUGAUUUCAAUAUUCAUUUCAAGUUGGAACAGCAAGGAAUCGUACGUUGCCAUACAGUGUGAGCAAACCUGCAGUUAUUAAAGUUGUAGCUAGGGCCUAGCUAACAAAACAACAACAACAAAAAACCAUGCAUCCUAUUGUUGUAGCCUAGGAGCUGGCUUGAUAAAUUAUUCUAGCCUUACUUUAACAUUAGCCUCAGUAAGACAAGGUCUGUAUACUGAUCUGUAAUGAUCAAUGGCCCGUGGCAUUUUGACUAUUUAAAUAUUAAGACAUCAACUAAAUGGUAUAUAUGGCUAUGUACUUGGUGUUGAUGGUAGUUUUUUUUUUUCAAAGUUCUUCGUUAUCUGUUAAUUUAAAGGCCAGUUUGGUAUUGAAAAAGUCAUUGAACUUGUUAUUAAGAUAACAACAAUAAAGUUUGUUUAUCUUUCAACCCAUUUUUGUAAUGUAAUUCAAUACCGUGAUAAUACUGUUUACCCUGAUAAAAGCUUCGGCAAUUACCUUGAAAAUUUGAUACCAACCCCAUCAAACCUCAGCAGACCCCCUCAAGACCACAUCAGACCCCUUUAGACCCUAUUAGACCACAUUCAUUCACAUGAAACCUCUAAGAGACCAAAAGAGACCCCAUCAGACAACCUAGAGACCACAUCAGACCUCAUCAUACAACAUCAGCCCACAUUAAGCCUCAUCAGACCCUAUUGAGACCACACCAGAACCCAUUAGGCCUCAUCAGAUCCCAUUAAACCUAAUCAGACCUCCUUGAGACCACACCAGAACCCAUUAGAUCUCAUCAGACCACAUUGGACCACAUCAGACCCCUUCAAGACCACAUCAGACCCCUUAAAACCUUAUCAUACCCCCCUGAGAUCACACCAGACCCCAUUAGACCACAUCAGAACACAUUAGACCUUAUCAUGACCCCUCAAGACCACAUCAGACCCCAUCAAACCUCAUGAGACCCCCUUGUGACCAAAUUAGACCCCAUCAGACAACAUUAAACCUUAUCAGACAACAUCAGCCCACAUUAAACCUCAUCAGAUCCCCUCAAGACUUCAUCAAAUCUCAUCAGACCCCCUCAAGAACACAUUAGACCCUAUUAGACCCAAUCAGACCACAUUCAUUCACAUCAAAUGCCCAAGAGGCAACAUGAGAACAAAUUAGACCACAUCAGACAAUAUCAGCCCACAUUAAACCUUGUAAGACCCCCUUAAGAGCACACGAGAACCCAUUAGACCUAAUCAGCCCACAUUGGACCUUAUCAGACCAUCUCAAGACCACAUCAGACCCCAUUAAACCUCAUCAGACACCAUAGAGACCACAUCAGACCACCUAAAGACCACAUUAGACCAUAUUAAACCUCGUCAGACCCCCUUAAGACCACACCAGACCCCAUCAGACCAUGCUGGACCUCAUCAGAAGAACGAAUGUCAUAAUGGACCAACAUAAGUAAAUGAUGACAGAAUUUUCACUAUUAGGUGAACUAUUCCUCAAACACACACACACACACAUUUUCACCUAUUCAUUUUGACUUGAGCUUCAUCACGUCCGUUUGAACACAUCUGCAGGAAAGAGACAAUGGGCUCAUCUGAAUGUGGAAAAGAAAGAAUGACAAACUAGAGUAUAUGCAGUAUUUGUCUUUGUGUUCUCAUUUUGUGUACCUCACAACAUCGUUAUUUCACCAUAUCUUGUGUUUUUAUUAAUAAUAAUAAUAAUAAUUGUAAAGAUUCAGAGGGAAUGUGCUUUGUGUUUGCUGGAGCAGCAUGUAUUUGAAGUUAAAUGAAACAGCUCAUGAAUGUCUAUGAACUCCCUCAUGCAUCUACAAUCCUCACUCUUUUAAAGCUGUAAGUCAUACGCUGAACAUAAGGAAAACGCUAAAUCAUUUUUCUGUUUAUCUGCUUAUUCGAUCUUCAGCCAUGAAUUACUAUAUAUCAUUAAAGAGUUUGACAAAUGAGAACUUUUUAUUUUAUUUUAUUAUGAAAUCUCACUCGGAAACUAGGGUUAUCAAACAUUUGUAGUUAUUCUUUGUUAAAAUGACCUUAUAUCGUCCGUAUUUACAAGGGUCCACUGUCCUGUAUGGUUGAUGCUGUGUUGAAUGUGAUCAGUAGGAUAAUGUGUCACAAAAGAGAUUGCUGACGUGUUAUUUUCAUUCCUUUAAUAAUAGGGAUUGCGUGUACAUGCACACCAUUAUGCUGACAGCUACCAAAAAAAUCAGUUUAUUCAAAAUGUCAGACAACACAAGAAACCCGGUGUAAUAAUCGGUGUAAGAAUGUGCAUGUAAACGCACUCAACGUCAUGUUGCUUUUGCCAUAGUGCAUGCUGACAUUCUUACUGUGUUGGUCACAAACUAACGCAAGAAAAACAUUUCAGUUACAACGGGUAAGAUUUUUGGAAUUUACAGUGCAGCUGUCAAUCUCUCAACCUCAGUCAAAUGACAGUCAGGUGGCCCUGAUUCAACCUCUGAUGAAACAAUCCUUAAACCUUUACAGAACACUUUUUACAUUUUUAAGAAACAUCAAAUGGUUUUAACAGGAAGCUGGUAUUUAAACAGGAAACACAUAACCGUUCAUUAUUGAAAUAUUCUAUCAAGCUGUCUCAAAAAGCUCAUGCUCUUAGGCAUGAUAUUAUCUGCUUUAAUUUAAUAAUCUUACGGACCCGAGGGGUUCGAACAAUGACAAUUUAAGAACACUUAAUUCUCAAAACUGUUUGUCUGUUCAUAGGAGCAAAUAUACAUUAACACUGCUUUUUAUGUUCAUAAUGUUUACCAUUACCUGUACCAUGAACCAUUCUGG